AAAAAUUCUUUGAAAAUGGUGCACAGGAAGAUAAGCCUCGAAAAUCAUAUCCAAGUCAGCGCUUGGUCCUGUAACAUGUGGAAAAUCAUGAGGGAGAACUUAGAGGAUUUGACAAGCCCAAACCUAUGGAGAGCUGCGGCGGCAGAGCUUCUUGGAACAUUGUUCUUGGUCUUUUUCGGGUGCGCUACCGCCACAGGACAGCAAAACCAGGCCGAUACUACAGUGGACUAUGUACAGAUUUCACUUACUUUUGGACUCAUCGUGGGAACCAUGGUUUGGGGUAUAGCCCAUGUGAGUGGGGGUCACAUUAACCCCGCCGUUACCCUGGCGGCCCUUGUGACAAGACGGGUGAGCAUUGUCCGCGCCCUGAUGUACAUUGUGUCCCAGCUGAUCGGUGCCAUCGUGGGAGCAGCAAUACUGUUCGGCCUGACGCCCGCAGCGGCCCGGGGCGGGCUGGGCGUCAACGGUAUGAGCGGGGACGUAACGGAGGCCCAGGGGUUCGGGGUGGAGGUUAUGAUCACGUUUGUUCUGGUUUUCACGGUCCUAGCGUCCAUCGACGAGAAGCGAACAGACCUGAAGGGCUCCGCCCCUCUGACCAUUGGGUUAGCCGUAGCUGUUGGACAUUUGGUGGCCAUUGCUUACACCGGAUGUAGUAUGAAUCCAGCCCGAAGCUUUGGCCCCGCCGUAAUUCAAAAUGCCUGGGACGCCCAUUGGGUCUUUUGGAUUGGUCCAAUGGUCGGCAGUUUUGUGGCUGCUCUACUGUACGAAUACAUUUUCUCGGCCGGUGCAACCCUCGGAAGAACCAAGCGCUGCUUAACUCGCAGUCGCGCGCCAUCGGAACCGGAAAAGAGCGAGGAGCUGGAAAAGGUAGAAAUCUGUGAACUCGACGAAAAGAAAGAUCUGGAAUCCGAGGAUGAGCAGGCGAAGACACAAAAUGGACAAUAGACUUUGACUUAUUUGAAAUCAGUAUUUGAUAUAUUUAUAUAUCUGUCGUUUGUAUACAUGGGUCAUUGAGAGCGUGGUUAUUUAAACCAAACUGCGGAAGAAGUAGAUUGCCACUCUUUAUGUGUAAUUUUGUCUAGUUUGAAACUAUCACUAAGCACUGUAAUUUUCCUCAAAGAGAAACGUAGUUAGCAUCUAUAACUGAAAUUACAGUCUACUCGCAGCUAUUUUGAUGUAAUGCUAUAAUUGCAAUGCUUUUUAUUGGCUUCUUAUCGAGAAACAAGCGCCAGAUUAAUAGAUGCAGGCGAUAACAGGGUUCCCACAACAUCGUAAAAGUCUAGAGUAAACUAGCAGGUAUCAAUGGGACUUGACAAGUUUUAUUUUGAAUGAUCUGUAUUAUGUAAAAUAGUGUAGGUAUCACAAUUGCCCGACUUUAUUUACCAGGGUCACGUGUGUCAUUUUUUGUCAUUUUCACAACAUUUUUUGUCUUCUGAUUGUAAUCUUAGUGAAAUAAGACUCUGUGUGUGAAACUCUAUCUGCUACUGCGCAUCGAAAAAAGUUGACCUAAAAAAGAUAUGCACUUUCAACUCAUUCAGGUUAUGAAACGUCGGAUGCAUAAAAGAAUAAUUUAGCUUUGCAUUGUACCAGGUAUGCAACAAAUUUAAGAUUAAGCCAUGCCGUGUGCGCAUUUAAUGGUUUUAUAUUUUUUAAGUUAGUCCCUGUCACGUCACGUGUCGGACUUCAUCAAAAGGCACGUGCAUAUUACAAACUGUUUCAUAACACAUGUAUAUUAUACUUUAAAUUUUGAAUUUGAGUGCAUUAAAUGAAUUGAAUAAAGUGUGCAAGUUGUACCACCUGUGUGUAAAUAGAACUCUUUUUUACUCUUAGUUAGUUUUAUAUUGUAAAUGUAUUUAAAUAUAUAACUUGUAAAAGAAAUACCCUUCCUACUAUGUAGUUUUUUUUCUAAAUUAUAUAUUGUAUUGUAGAUUAAAUGUAUCCGACAAUUCUAUGUAACUUAUUUAUAUGAAAAACUGAAAUAAAGUAUUAUAUAUGUUCA